UCCUGCCGAACAGCCACUUCCCUCGGCCCCCCUCCCCUGGCAACCCCCACAGACAUAGCCUUCUCCUUGCUCAAGCAACAUCAUUCGCCCUUCACCUUCUCCUUGCUUAUGGAAGCUUCACCAGCCCAUCUCCUUAUUCCCCGUCUUCUCUCCCACCACGUGCUGUUUUUUGAGCAGACAAGUUCGGCCUAAAUUUGGUAGGGAGAUUAGUUUCUUUUUGGUUGUAUUUAUCUUACGCUAACUUUGUCCAGAUUAUUUUACUUGUCACUGUUUUUGGGAUGUUCUCGUGGGGAUUUUCAUUGUCUUUCCCCUAAUUGCUGCAAAGCAGAAAGCUGUUGUUUUUUGUUGGGGUUUCUUUUUUUUUGGUUAUAAGUCCCGAGUUGAAACGGGUCAUACGAUUGGCUUGCUUGUUCGACUCUUUGACUCGAGUCAUCUCGAAUCUUCCGAAUCCGAGCGAGUCGCCCCCGCCCCCGCCUUGUAAGGAUCGUUCCCUGACCGGUUCAAAUUGCGCGGUAGUUGCCUGCAUUUGAUUGUAGUGUCCAGGGAGGCAAUAGAUGCAAGUUUCCAUGAACCACAAAAAUAAUCACGACCAAACAGCGGUUCCUCACCUUCCCACUGAACAGCCACAACGUCAAGGUGGCGGUCCCCAGUUCCCCGGUAAUUUCCAAUUGUCUGAACGCCUCCAGGCUCAGGGGCUGGGCCAUGCCCUGGCUGCUCAUGCCCAACUUGAAAAUUCUGCAACUGCCAAUGCUGCAGCUGUAUCUUCACCUGGUCCAUCAACCCCUGCAACUUCAGCGGGCAGUAGUAGGCGGACCCCAUCUCACAAGCCCCCGUCGCGGCCUUCUGGUGGUGUGUCCUCUGGUGGACACGGACAAGGUGCUACUGCUUCCCCAUUAAAAACCAUGGAAUUAGCUCCUGCUGUGCGGAGGAGGAAACGGAAGCUUCCUAAGAAAGAGAUCCCCCAUAAAGCGGCAUCGUCCUUGCCGGAAUCAGCUCUUUAUGCCCAGUUGCUUGAACUUGAGUCCCGUAUUGAUGCUCUUCUUGCCAGGAAGAAGAUUGAAAUUGCAGAUACCCUUAAGAACCCGAUGCGCAUUCAAAAGAUGCUCAGGAUUUAUGUAUUUAACACCUUUGCCAACCAGGAAGGGGCGCAUACUGACAGCAAAAACGCUGAUCCUCCCUCUUGGUCGCUUAAAAUAUGUGGGAGGAUCUUGGAAGAUGGGGCUGAUCCUGCAGCUCUUGGUUCGCUCAACAUUUCAAGCUCUCCAUAUCCUAAGUUUUCCUCUUUCAUUAGGAAAAUGACUGUAUACUUGGAUCAGAACCUGUAUCCUGAUAAUCAUGUGAUCUUGUGGGAGAAUUCUCGGUCACCGGCACUUCAUGAGGGGUUUGAGGUGAAGAGAAAAGGAGAUAAGGAGUUUACUGCGAUUGUUAGAUUAGAAAUGGAUUUUGUUCCAGAGAAAUUUAGGCUUUCACCUGCUUUGCAAGAAGUUCUUGGGGUAGAGGUUGAGACACGCCCUAGGACUAUAGCUGCACUUUGGCAUUACAUAAAGACAAGGAAAUUACAAAUUCCAGGUGACACAUCCUCUUUUGUGUGUGAUCCACCUCUGAGAAAAGUUUUUGGAGAAGAGAACUUGAAAUUUGCUGUAGUUUCCCAGAAGAUAAUACAACAUCUAACUUCACUCAAACCAAUACAUUUGGAACAUAAGAUUAAGCUUUCUGGGAAUUGUCCAGCUGGAAAUACUUGUUAUGAUGUACCGGUUGAUGUUCCUAUUUUAUUAGAGAGGGAAAUGUCAAGUUUCCUCACCGAUUUAGAGAGGAAUAAGGAGGUUGAUGCCUUUGACGAAGCAAUUUCUGCUGCUAUUAGGAAAAUCCAUGAACAUUAUCAGAGACAAGCUUUCUUUCUAGGAUUUAGUCAUUCUCCAGCUGAGUUCAUCAAUGGUUUGCUUGCUUCUCAAGCUAGGGACUUGAAGCUUCUUGGUGCAGAUACCAGCCACAAUGCUGAGAAUGAGCGCCGAUCUGAAUUUUAUAACCAAACAUGGGUUGAAGAUGCUGUCAUUAGAUACCUCAAUCGGAAGCCUUCUUUUAGUGCUGAGCCUCGAAACAAAUGAUACUGGAACUGUUUGAUUGUUAAUGUAGAAGAGUUCAACAUCUGGUGUGAGCGUUUUCACCUCCUGUCUCCUGUAUAUUCUACUUCAAGAUAAUUGUGAGAUUUUCAGCAAUUUGGCAUUUGGUGAAGGUUAUAAGUUCAAGGAUGCUGUUUAGUUUGUAAUGUGUUGGAACUGCUUCUUGAAGUGCAUAGAAGGUUGUAGGACAAAUUUUAGCCUUGUGCAUUUACUGUCAGCUCAUUCAGUUGCCUAUAGUCAACACAGAACCUCCAUAACCUAUCUUUCACCUUGACCAGUAGUACUGGAGAGGCAAAAGGGCUGCUACUGAGUUGGAUGAUUCCAUUAUGCAGCAUUUCUUUUACUAA